AUGGACCGAAAGGACUCGUUAUCUUCGCAUUCGGCUGAAUUCGAAAAGGCUGGCACCCACGCCGCCUUCAGUCAGGAGGAGUCUGCGACUCUCGAGAAGCGAGUGUGGCGCAAGCUGGAUUGGUAUAUUCUUCCAGUCGUCACCAUGUUCUAUCUGCUCUCUUGGCUGGACCGGACCAAUCUCGGAAACGCUCGCGUUGCUGGUAUUCAACAAGACCUCAGAAUGAAUAACAAGCAGUACAGUAUUGCAUUAACGGUGACAUUUGUACCGUACAUAGUAUCAGAGAUUCCCUCGAAUCUGCUCCUUAAGAUUGUGGGCCCAAACCUCCUGCUGCCCGCCCUCAUCGUGUCCUGGGGUAUUGUGACAACUUUUCAAGGAUUCGUAAGCACCUACGGCGGUCUCCUUGCGUGCCGGUUUUUCAUCGGUUUGCUUGAAGGCGGUGUACUUCCCGGCCUUGUUCUUUAUCUCUCCAUGUUCUACCCCCGUCGGAAACUGCAAUCGAGGAUAUCUGCAUUCUUCUCCUCGGCGUCUCUUUCUGGAGCAUUUAGCGGACUUCUGGCAACCGCCAUCAUGAAAAUGCAUGGAAUGGGAGGUCGUCCUGCCUGGGCUUGGAUCUUCAUCCUUGAAGGGCUCUUUACCGUGGUCUUCGGGUUCAUGUCAGUCUUUGUUUUACCUAAAGCUCCACAACAUACACGAUUCCUCUCGCAACGUGAGAAGGAGUAUGUGAUAUCCGAAUUACGCCAGGCAGGCGCCAUCUCCACUGAUGACAAAAACGACGGCUUCAGCUGGGCUGAGGUCCGCAGGACCUUUUCUCGUCCCCAAUUUUGGUUCCUUGGCUUCGUGUACUUCUUCAAUGGCACCAUGUUGUACUCCCUUGCAUACUUUACGCCGUCCAUCGUCCAGGCCUUGGGUUACACUCCCAUUCGUACCCAGCUUAUGACUGUGGGGCCGUAUGGUGCGGCCUUCGUUCUCACGAAUGUCGCCUCUGUCAUUGCUGAUCGAUACCAAUGCCGGGGCUUCGUCGCCAUAUUCAGUUCCUUGUGCUGCCUGGCUGGAUUCGCUAUCUACAAGACGUCAACCGACAAAGCCACCCUUUACGGCAGCCUCUUCCUGACUAUCGGUGGUAUCAACUGCUCGUCGCCUGCAUUGGCGGCAUGGGUGGCGAACAACUUCGCCCCUCAUGUGCGAAGGGCAACAGCUAUUGCUGCCUUGUCUAUGAUCACCAAUAGCGGUGGCAUCCUCUCAACCUGGCUGAUGGCGUCGUGGUCGAAGCCGCCGAGGUACACGUCUGCGACUAUCGUCUUCCUCGUAUUUGCAGCCAUGAUGGGCAUUUUUACUGCAUUCAACCUUGCCUAUCUUUACUAUGCUAACAAGGCCAAGGCUCUCCAACGUGAAUCAACAACGCAGAGCGAGGAAUCGCCUGACCUUGGUGAUAAGAGCGCCUGGUAUCCAUACAUCCUCUAA